AUGGCAUCUAGAUCUCCUCCUUCCUCGGAUGUCGAUCCAUAUGACACUAAUCAGAUGUUGAAUGAGGUACUUCGGGCGUUGCAACAACAAAAUGUUACACUAAUUCAGCAGAAUACCAUAGCCUUGCAGAAUCUGGAAGCUGCAAGAGUGUCCGCUGAGAAUGCCAGAGUGUCGGCCGAUACCACCCAAAGGCAGUUCUUGGAUGUGAUGACUAGUGGCAGGAUUCCCACUGGUCCUUCUUCUUCGGCUGCUCCAACUAAAGAAUGGAGUUUGGAAAAUUUCUUGCAGCAUCAUCCCGCCAAGUUUAAUGGCAAGUGUUCACCCGAUGAAGCCGAUCAGUGGCUUCGUGAUAUGGAGAGAGUCUACAACGCCAAGAGGUGUCCUGAUGAAAACAGGUUGUCCUAUACUGAAUAUCUUUUGACCGGAGAGGCAAGCCACUGGUGGAGCAGUGCACGGAUGAUCUUGGAAGGAACUAGAACCCCUAUCACAUGGGACUUAUUUAAGAGGAAGUUCUAUAAGGAAUACUUCCCUGAUACUCUUAGAUAUGCUAAGGAAGUGGAGUUUUUGGAGCUAGUGCAGGGAAAUAUGUCGGUAUCUGAGUAUACUGAUCGCUUCAAACAUCUUCUUAGAUUUAACACCAUGAAAGUGGAUGAAGAGUGGCAAUGCCGCAAGUUUGAAAACGGGUUGCGCAGUGACAUCAAGCUCUUGGUGAGAGGUCACCGUCUGAGGGAGUUUCCAGCUCUUGUGGAGAUGGCUAGGGAUAUGGAGAAGACAAAGAAUGAAUCUGAGGGACAGCAGAGUCGACCUACUAGGACUGGGGGACCAUCUGGGUCUCGUGGUGGAUUUAGCACUAGGAAGACCCCUUAUGCUAGACCAUCCUUUUCUUCUGGGUCGAGGGGUUCAUCCUAUCAGCCAUCAGUGCAGUCGGGACCAACCAGACCAUCCGGCACUGUUAGAUGUUACACCUGUGGAGGACCUCAUUACCGUAGCAACUGUCCUAUGGAAAAUGGUGCAAGGAAAUGUUUCAAGUGUGGGAAAGAGGGGCACUUUGCUAAAGAGUGUACUUCUGUAGAAGGAUCAAGGUCUCAGGCACAGAAGACUGGUUUGCCUCCACCCAGAGGAGGUGACAGACCUCAAGCAGUGGGCAGAGUAUAUGCCAUGACAGGAUCAGAGGCAGUCAACUCAGGUAAUCUCAUCAUCAGCAACUGUUUACUGUUUGGAGUGACUUGUGUUGUACUUUUUGAUUCGGGGGCAACACAUUCCUUCAUAUCGGAGGCAUGUGUUGAAAAGUUGAGUAUGCCUAUAGAGGAAUUAGACUUCGACCUAGUGGUGUCUACACCAGCAUCAGGGUUAGUCAAAACGUCUUCUAUGUGUGUCCGUUGUCCAAUUGUUGUAGAAGGACAUCAGUUCAAGGUGAACCUCAUCUGUUUACCUUUGCAAGGAUUAGAAGUAAUUUUGGGAAUGGAUUGGUUAUCUACCAAUCGCAUCCUCAUCGACUGUGGUAGUAAGAAAUUACUGUUUCCUGAUAAAGACAAAUUUAUGCCUUUGUCGAUCGGCGUCUUGAGACAAGACCUCCUGGAAGGCGCUAGUUGCUUUUUAGUACUAUCACAUAUAGAAGCGACGCAAGUUUCACAUCAUGCGGCACAGGAGAGUCAGAGUGAAAACCUUGCAGUUGUGAACGAUUUCUUGGAUGUUUUUCCUGAAGAAGUUCCUGGUUUACCUCCUCCACGUGAGGUGGAGUUCUCUAUUGAUUUGGUCUCGGGAGCAGGACCAGUUUCUAUAGCUCCUUAUAGGAUGGCUCCAGCAGAAUUGGUAGAGUUAAAGAAGCAGAUUGAAGACCUGUUGGAGAAACAGUUUAUCCGACCUAGUGCUUCACCUUGGGGAGCACCAGUGUUACUAGUAAAGAAGAAAGAUGGUGGUUCGAGAUUAUGCGUUGAUUAUCGGCAACUGAAUAAGUUGACGAUCAAGAACAAGUAUCCGUUGCCGAGGAUAGAUGAUUUGAUGGAUCAACUGCACGGAGCUACGGUAUUCUCCAAGAUUGAUUUGAGGUCGGGUUACCAUCAAAUUUUAGUGAAAGCUGAUGAUGUGCAGAAGACGGCAUUCAGGUCCAGGUAUGGUCACUAUGAGUAUGUGGUUAUGCCUUUUGGUGUGACUAACGCUCCAGCCAUUUUCAUGGACUAUAUGAAUCGAAUUUUCAGACCCUUCUUGGACAAGUUCGUGGUAGUAUUUAUAGAUGACAUACUUGUCUAUUCUAAGACGCGAGAAGAACAUGAAGAUCACCUUAGGGCUGUACUUGAAGUGCUGAGAGAACGAAGAUUGUAUGCCAAAUUGUCUAAGUGUGAAUUUUGGAUGGAAGAAGUUCUUUUUCUUGGCCACGUGAUUUCAGCUGGAGAAAUUUCUGUUGAUCCCGCUAAGGUGCAAGCAGUACUUCAAUGGGAAAGACCUAAGACUGUUACUGAGGUCAGGAGCUUCGUGGGUUUAGCGGGCUAUUACCGCCGUUUUAUUGAGGACUUUUCCCGAAUUGUGGCACCAUUGACGCAACUGACUAGGAAGGAUCAACCUUUUGUUUGGACAGAUCGUUGUGAAACUAACUUUCAAGAGCUAAAGAGAAGGUUGACUAGUGCACCCGUUUUGGUCAUUCCUGACACAGGUGUUCAGUGA